CCAACCCGUUGCUUGUUUGUAAACUCUGUGUUUGAUGAUUCAUUCAAGUAAAUGUUCUCACUGAGGAAACAUCAGCUUUUUAUUAUUUCUCCCUGUUUUUCAGGGGUGUAACACACACACACGCAAACAUAUGCACACAAACACACGCACGCAUAUUUCCCCGCCUCCAUCUGACCUUGGAAGACCGAAGCUAAAUUACUUCUAGGAAGCCACUCCUCAGCACAUCAUGUUCUGGUGAAAACGAAACUUAAGUAUCACUCUCAGUGUGCUUGUGGUUGUGAUAGGAAAGCAAACAAAAUGGCAGAGGCUAUUUCAAAGAAAAGAAGAAAGAAAGAAGAGGACUCCUUCAAGUGUCUAGUCUGUCUAUAUCUGCUGAAGGAUCCAGUGACUAUUCCCUGCGGACAUAAUUUCUGCAAGAGGUGCAUUGAGGGCUGCUGGAAUCAAGAGGAUCAGAGAGGAGUCUACAGCUGCCCUAUGUGCAAACGCACCUUCACUCCCAGACCUCCACUCUACAAAAAUCCUCUGGUUGUUGACAUGGUCGAGACAUUUACGAAGACCAGAAUCCAAGCUUCUCCUAUAACUCCCUCAAAUGCUGGACUUGGAGAUGUGGAGUGUGACGUCUGCACUGGGAGAAAACUCAAAGCUGUGAAGUCCUGUCUGGAAUGUCUUUUGUCUUACUGCGAAACUCACUUCAAAGCUCACAAUGACCUGAACCCAGGAAGAAAACACUCAGUGAUUGAUGCCACAGGAAAUCUACAGGAGAGGAUCUGCUCUCAUCAUAAGAAGGUUGUUGAAAUAUUUUGUCGAACCGAUCAGAGUUGUAUCUGUUAUCUGUGCACGAUGGACGAACAUAAAGGCCAUGACACAGUCACUAUUGCAGCAGAAUGGACAGACAAACAGAGGCAGGUGGGGCAGACCCAGAGGAAAAUCCAGCAGAGAAUCCAGGAGAGAGAGAAGGAGCUGCAGGAGCUGAGGAAGGCUGUGAAGACUCUCAAGAGCUCUGCACAGACAGCAGUGGAGGACAGUGAGAGGAUCUUUACUGAGAUGAUCCGCUCCAUUGAGAGAAGGCGCUCUAAGGUGAAAGAGCUGAUCAGAGCUCAGGAGAAGGCUGAGGUGAGUCGGACUGAAGGACUCCUGAAGCGACUGCAGCAGGAGAUUGCUGAGCUGAAGAGAAGAGAUGCUGAGCUGGAGCAGCUUUCACUCACAGAGGAUCACAUCCAUUUCCUCAAGACUUUACAGUCGGUCAGUGAGACACCUGAGUCUAAAGACUUAUCCUGCAUCUCUGUGAACCAAGCCCUAUCUUUUGAGGCUGUGAAGAAAUCUGUCUCCUCACUAAAGACACAGCUGGAGAAUUUCUGCAAGGAGGAAGUCAUGAAGAUAUCUGCAUCAGUGACUAAAGUCCAGGCUGUUUUCCCUCCUGAACCUACAACCAGAGAGGAUUUCCUACACUACUCCUGUCACAUCACACUGGAUCCAAACACAGCAAACAGAAACCUCCAUCUGUCUGAGGGAAACAGGAGGGUGGAAAGGAGAGAUGAGCUCCAGUCAUAUCCUGAUCAUCCAGAGAGAUUUGAUGGGUGUUGGCAGGUGCUGUGUAGAGAGGGUGUGUCUGGACGCUGCUACUGGGAGGUUGAGUGGAGUGGGAGGCGGGAGGUUUAUAUAUCAGUCUCAUAUAAAAGCAUCAGCAGGAGAGGAGGGGGUAAUGAGUGUAGGUUUGGAUAUAAUGAUCAGUCCUGGAGUCUGAGCCUCUCCAGCAGCAGCUCCUCUUUCUGGCACAAUAAUAAACAUACUGCACUUCCUCUAGUGGCCAGCUCCAGAAUAGGAGUGUAUGUGGAUGACAGGGCAGGAACUCUGGCCUUCUACAGCAUCUCUGACACAAUGACCCUCCUGCACAGAGUCCAGACCACAUUCACUCACAAACUCUACCUUGGGUUUGGGUUUGGGUUUGCGUUUGGGUUUUUUUUUUUUCAUGCUGGAUCAUCUGUGAAGCUGCUGUGAAUGAGAUGUACAGAUGCUGAAUCCAGACUACAUUCACCCAGCCUCUCUACCCUGGGUUUAGGGUCAGACAUUAGAUCACCAGUAUGUACCGCACUGGUGGUCUGGGAUGAAAAAAAUGGUCUUUAGAUGACAUCUGAGGCCGAACUUUGAAUUUAUUUACAACCCUAAGUUAGGAUGAUGAAUAAAAUGCAAAU